AUGAGCGUCAUGCUCCAAACCCCUUCGCGGGCAUCUACUGCCUCCUCAUCCUCCUUUCAACCCGUAUCACGCCAGAACACAAUGUCUUCCCACGAUGGAGGGCGGUCUGUCCGCCAGUCGAAACGCUAUUCUAUGACUACUCUGUACAUGUCCAUGUCCGCAAAUGAAAAGGACCUGGAAAUCGAGGAUGAUCUUGCAAAGGCCCAGAAAAUACUAAGAGACUUGAAGUCCAAGAUCUCAUCGCAAUCGAAGAAGAACUUCGUCUUAGAGAAAGAUGUCAGAUAUCUCGAUUCCCGAAUAGCGCUACUAAUUCAAAAUCGAAUGGCGUUGGAGGAGCAAAACGAAGUUGCCAGCCAUCUAGAAGAUGCCGCGGAUUUACAAGAGGGUUUCUUCCCAAACGACGAGAAGACCCAGAAAUACGGAAAUCUCCUCUUCCUUUUACAAUCCGAACCACGACACAUCGCCCACCUGUGCCGUCUUGUUACGAUGGCCGAGAUUGAUUCUUUACUUCAAACAGUCAUGUUCACGAUAUAUGGAAAUCAAUACGAGAGUCGUGAAGAGCAUCUACUCUUGACUAUGUUUCAGUCUGUCCUGACCUACCAAUUCGACAACACCCCCGAAUACUCUUCUCUUCUGCGCGCGAAUACCCCUGUUUCUCGAAUGAUGACCACAUAUACACGAAGAGGUCCGGGGCAAAGCUAUUUGAAGACAGUGUUGGCAGACCGGAUCAACGGUCUGAUAGAAUUGAAGGAUUUGGACCUCGAAAUUAACCCACUCAAGGUCUAUGACAGAAUGAUUGAACAAAUCGAAGAGGACACCGGGAGUUUACCAGCUUCUUUGCCAAGGGGAGUGACUGCGGAGCAAGCCGCAGAGAAUUCUCAGGUCCAAGCAAUCAUUGAGCCUCGAUUGACGAUGCUCAUGGAAAUUGCUAAUGGAUUUCUGACGACGAUUAUCGAUGGCCUGGAGGAGACCCCAUAUGGGAUCAGAUGGAUCUGCAAACAGAUCCGAAGUCUCACGAAGCGCAAAUAUCCCGAUGCCAACGACCAGGUCAUCUGUACACUUAUAGGAGGAUUCUUCUUCCUACGAUUCAUCAACCCCGCAAUUGUCACACCCAAGUCCUACAUGCUUAUUGAUGGGACCCCUGCCGAACGACCACGGCGAACCUUGACCUUGAUCGCUAAAAUGUUGCAAAACCUAGCAAACAAGCCGUCAUAUGCCAAGGAACCUUAUAUGGCCAAACUUCAGCCUUUCAUCCAGCACAACAAGGAGCGCGUGAACAAGUUUAUGCUUGAUCUGUGCGAGGUCCAGGAUUUCUACGAGAGUUUGGAAAUGGACAAUUAUGUUGCGCUAUCCAAGAAAGAUUUGGAGCUUUCAAUCACACUAAAUGAAGUCUAUGCCACGCACGCGCUGUUGGAGAAGCAUAGCAGCGACUUGAAAAAGGAUGAAAAUUCUCACUUGGCGGUCAUCCUGGCCGAUCUUGGGCCUGCCCCGGCCCAACUACCCCGGAAAGAAAACAGAGCGAUUAACCUACCGCUCUUUAGCAAAUGGGAGACUGCAAUUGACGAUCUCACUGCAGCCCUUGAUAUUACACAGGAGGAAGUCUACUUCAUGGAGGCUAAGUCGACGUUCGUCCAGAUCAUGCGUUCGAUCCCAACUAACAGCGCAGUCGCCCGAAGGCCACUGCGUCUUGAACGUGUCGCAGAUGCUGCUGCAACAUCCCGAAAUGAUGCAGUGAUGGUUCGAAAAGGUAUCCGAGCCAUGGAACUACUCAGCCAAUUACAGGAACUUCAGGUGAUCGACAAGUCCGAUCAGUUCGGUCUUCUUCGCGAUGAAGUCGAACAGGAAUUGCAACAUCUCGGUUCCUUGAAGGAUGGAGUCAUUGUCGAAACCCAAAAACUCGAUGAGGUCUUCAGAACAAUUCGGGAUCACAACGCAUACCUUGUUGGCCAACUCGAGACUUACAAGAGCUACUUGCACAACGUCCGAAGUCAGAGCGAAGGCACAAAACGAAAACAGCAGAAACAUCAAGUCUUGGGCCCGUACAAGUUUACACAUCAGGCACUAGAGAAAGAAGGUGUCAUUCAGAAGAGCAACGUUCCUGAUAAUAGGAGGGCGAAUAUCUAUUUCAACUUCACAAGUCCCCUGCCUGGGACUUUCGUCAUUUCCCUCCACUACAAAGGUCGCAAUCGUGGACUUUUAGAACUCGACCUCAAACUAGAUGAUCUGCUCGAGAUGCAGAAGGAUAAUCAAGAAGAUCUCGAUCUCGAAUAUGUCCAGUUCAACGUACCCAAGGUUCUCGCGCUCUUAAACAAGCGCUUUGCAAGAAAGAAGGGCUGGUAG